UUUGCCAAAGAACUUUUAGAGUUUUUGGUUUUUGACUUCGUUUGACUUUUCCAUUGAUUUCAUUUUCAAAAUAUUAAAGUGAAUUAUUAUCUUUAAAAUUGAAACAUAUAAAUGUGAUUUGGUUUAAAAUCUUAAUGGUACACGUUUACGAUGAGUUGUGUUUACUUAAAUAUUUACGUUCUAUUCAACGUUAUUUACCUUUGUUUUGGACUAAACAGAGAUGAAAUUAUUUUCCAUUAUAAUAAUACAUAUAAAUACAAUGAACCAUACACAGUGGCAGUCAGUAAAAAUACAGAAUACAUUAUGGAAUUUGCUGGCGACUAUGAGGCAUACGACACGCCGGCCCGGGUGACGGUAGCUAGCGAUUUCGCUAACCGGACCUAUCCUUUGUUCAUAACGGCUAGACAGCAGAAAGGCGUCUUCUCAUGGCAGCUUCCCAUGACGGUUCAGACGAUAGGCGGUUUGGAACAAUUUACGAAUAUCUCCAGAACUUUGUGUCCACAUAAUAAUAUAUUCUCUGAGGAUGAAGACACUUGCCAUAUAUCGACAUUAAACACGCCUAUAGUGCACUUGACAUCAUCAUCUCCAGACGCGAUAAACGUGACAAUUUUAGUGGAAACGGUUCAGGAUUUUUACAUAAAACUGAACGAAACAACGAACUUGACGAGUACUCCAAGCCAGCCAAAGUAUUAUUUCUACCCAUUUGAUCAGGGGAAAAAUAAUGUGGUCGAUCUGGCAACACAAAGAGAGAGGAAGAAGUAUUUGUGUACUGGCAAUGGUGGGGGGAAAUAUUUUGUGAACAGGAAUUUGGAUAAAACCUACGGAUGGUUGUCGAGGCCCAAAAGUGUGAUACUCAUGAUCGAGUCGGAUGACGAUAUAUGCGCUGUUGUUUCUAUUCAGAACUUUUCGUGUCCAGUAUUCGACAAUGAAAGAGAUAUUCUAUAUGAUGGUUAUUACUUAACGAUGACCAGGCGAGGAGGUAUUACAUUAACGCAAGACACAUUCCCCGUCGGUUUCUACAUAGUGUUCAUAGUGAAGACGUCAGACGAGGAUUGUACAGGCCAAGCUACUAGUAACACGAGUUUACCGAAAAUGGCACAGUAUUUCGGGUGGGAUGAGUCGAUCAGUGUACCGACUAACGAUGGUAGAGUUAAGACGUUCAGUUUACGGAUAAUUGAAACGAUAUCAUACCAAGAGUACAUGAUAGCAGCGGGUGCUGCUUUGGCAUUCUUUUUAUCUUUCUACGUGGCCUUUAUAAUAGUUAUUAUAUUUCAGAGGAGAAGGAAUUUUAAUGGUUCUGACGCCGCUCUACUAGCGCCAUCUACUCCACACGACAGUUCGCUAGUGUCGCACACAACACGCGCAGAGAGAAGCGGCAGUAGCCGGAACUGCGAUGGGGAUCAUACCAUAGAGGGUAGCUCAUCAUCAGAUACCGACUCUGACUUGUCCACACUAGAUGACAUAAACACAGAGAAGGAUCUAUAUCUGCACGGGAAUAAACUGUGUGUUGCUAAUUUGUCGAGAUGUCGCCCCCGGGUUUUGUCUGCCCGCUCGAAAAUGUAUCUUUGGAACGUUUUGACCGUCGCCGUGUUUUAUACACUGCCUGUUAUACAACUUGUUGUUACUUAUCAGAGGCUACUAAACCAAUCGGGUAACCAAGAUCUAUGCUACUUCAACUUCCUCUGCGCACACCCUUUGAUGGUACUAUCCGAUUUUAACCACGUGUACUCGAAUUUGGGCUAUGUGCUAUUGGGCGCCCUGUUUUUGGCCGAAGUUUGGCAUCGGCAUAGACGGUAUAAGGAUGAUAAUGUAGAUCUCGGCAUACCGCAGCACUUUGGUCUUCUGUACGCGAUGGGGAUAGCUCUAGUGAGCGAGGGCUUACUUUCUGCUGCGUAUCAUGUUUGCCCUAAUAGCAUGAACUUUCAGUUUGAUACGUCGUUCAUGUACGUAACGAGUGUGCUGUGUAUGGUGAAACUUUACCAAGCGAGACAUCCAGAUAUAAACGCACGAGCGCAUGCUACGUUUGGAGUCCUAGCACUUAUUAUAUUUAUUGGUCUGGUCGGAGUGCUAAACGCGAACUUUUACUUCUGGGUCGCGUUCACAGUACUGCAUUUGGUCACUUGUCUCGUGAUGACGUUCCAAAUAUAUUAUCUGGGUAGAUUCAGAUUGGAGUUAGGCGCAGUAUGUCGCGCGGCCCGUUCUCUUAUUCGUCGCCCGCUGGCCGCCGUAGCGCCCGCUCGUGCCGGCAGAUGCGUUCUGUUGUUACUCGCUAACCUUGCUAACUGGGCGUUGGCUGCUUACGGACUAACCCAGCACAGCAGAGACUUCGCGUCACAUUUGCUGCUAGUUUUGAUGAGCAAUCUCUUUCUUUACACAUUAUUCUAUAUCGCCAUGAAAUUGCUGCAUAGAGAGUCUAUUAGGUGGUAUAGUUGGGUGUUCAUAGCGCUAACGUAUACGAUAUGGUUCAGCUCAAGUUAUUUCUACUUGGACUUAAGCACUAACUGGGCGUUGACACCAGCGCAAUCGAGACAAAGCAACAGACAGUGCAGUCUCCUUCAGUUAUACGAUUCCCACGACAUUUGGCAUUUCAUGUCGUCCAUUGCUAUGUUUUUUUCAUUUAAUAUGUAUUUGACAAUAGAUGACAACUUGUCAGCCGUGCCGAGGGGCGAUAUUGCGGUUUUUUAAUUUUUGACCGGGUUUAAAACACGCUUUUUUUUGCUUCAAUCAAGAUUUUUUGUGAAAUUUGCAGUGUAAAACUGAUUUAAACGCAUCCAGCGUUUAAAUCCUGUUUUUGUUGGUAGUAUCGAUUUUUUGUGGAAAUUUUGUGGUGAAAAAAUGAUAUUUGUUUAAAUUCUAUUUUUUUUUUGUUAGAAUUGAUUUUUGUCAUAUUUUGGUAUAAAAAUGUUUUUUUGAUGAGUAAAUUCGGUUUAUUUGGUGAAAUACUAGAUUUUGCAAUACAAAAUUGGUAAAAAAUGCAAAUCUCAAAUGGAAAUUUUAUAUUCGAAGUAAUUCUCUCUAGCUAUUUACCACUCUGCUUGAAAAUCUCCGUAAAUCAAUAAUUUGCUUUUGAAUAUAGAUAUUAUAAUAAAAAAAUGUUGUGUGGUUUUAUGAAACCACGGUAAAAGUGAAACUUUUUUUCACACUAGACAUUUAACUAAAAAUUA